AUUCAUUUGACGUCUUUGACGAUUAGACGUAACGUAAAUAUUGUGCUGUGCCGUGUUAUUUUUACUUAACCGUGUGGAGGCUUAAACAUUUUCAAUUUAGUAAUAAUUACGACACACUGAAAAUAUUUUAUUUAUAAUACUGUAGCUGAAUACUUUAUUGUAUUGACUUUCAUCAUCAUUAAGUCAUAAUUAUGGAUAUUUCAAGCAACAAUUUGGAUAAAAGGUCUACUCCAUCUGUUCCUACACCUGAUUGGACAACUAAUGCACAGAAUGAGAUGGAAAUUCCCUUAGUGGAAGCUCCAGCACCAUCUACACCAGCUCUUUCCAGUAAUCAUGAUAAUAAUUUAUCAUCAAAGUAUAUUCAAGAUGUCACAAAUGAAUCUCACACAAAUAGAGCAUCUGUAAUUAGCAGUACUACAAAUCCUACCCAAACUCCUACUCAAUGUGGAACACAUUCUUCAGUUAUAACUCCUGCCAUAUCAACUUCACAAUCCCUUAUAACUGGGGAAGUAGCACUCACUCCCACCCAUAGUACCUUUACACCCCAGUCAAUCAAUCCUCACAGUGCAAUGACUGCUAUCACCCCUAUGGUUAGUGGAACAGAUCAAGCUCGGAGCAGUAUUAAAGUUCAAAAUUGUGUAUCAACAAUACAUUUAGGUUGUGAAUUAAAAUUGUUAGAUAUUUACUGCAGAACAAGGUUUUCUGAAUACAAUCCAGCAAGAUUUCAUGGUGUAGUUAUGAAAAUUAUAGACCCCAGAGCAACAGCACUGGUAUUCAGGUCUGGUAAGGUAUUGUGUACAGGACUUAGAAAUGAGCAUGAUUCCUAUAUAGCUGCAAGAAAAUUUGCAAGAAUAAUACAAAAACUUGGUUAUCCUGCAAGAUUCCUGGACUUCAAAAUACAAAAUUUUAUUGCUACUGCUGAUUUAAGAUUUCCAAUAAGACUAGAGGCACUACAACAAGCACAUGGACAAUUUGCCUCCUACGAGCCAGAAUUGUUUCCUGGUUUAGUGUACAGAAUGGUUCGACCAAGAGUUGUUUUAUUAAUAUUUGUUAAUGGCAAGAUAGUGUUUACAGGCGGUAAAACAAGAGGUGAAAUCAAUGAAGCACUUGAUAUUAUAUAUCCAAUUUUAAGAAGUUACAGGAUAAGUUAGUACCUUUUAAUGUUCUUUUUAAUGAAAAGGCAAUCAUUGUUAGUAUCCCCGGCGAGAUUUAUUUUUACAUUAUAAUUAUUAUAUUGAUUCGGAUGAAACUCAUAAAUAAAUUGUAUGUAAAUAAUUUAUUUAAACAGGUAGUUUAUUACUUCUUUAGGUAGUUCAUUCACAUUUUUAUUUCAAUGGAA